UACACGUACCCCCCUUUCCUGUGCGUCCUCCCGGAGUCGGCAGUGUGGUAAAGGCGGCACAUCUCCCAGGAACUUCUUAGAACUUGUAGAAUCCACUCAACAACAUUUGCUUAGAAAAGAUGCAGCGACUCCUUGUAUUCGUGUUCUUCAGCCUCAUGGCGGCUACAGCCGUGAGAGCCCAGCUGUCGAUCAGCGGCGGUAGUACGGCGGUGCAGGAGUCCAUAGGCCGAGCAGUCACGUUGACCUGCACCUACUCUCUAAGCGCAGGCUACACCCUACGUGAGAUCAAGUGGUACCGGGUGAAUGGCGAAAGAGACCCCGUUCUAUUCUACUAUCCUGGCCAGUCUGCGUACACGUACGGGUUGUACAGAAACAGGGCUAGCCUGGUCAACACGGAUGACAGCGCUCAGGUGGCCUCCCUUCGCCUCAGCAACCUGCAGUUCAGCGACAAUGGCACCUACGAGUGCCUGGUGGGAGCGUUAAAUGGGCAGCCUGCGGAGGAAUCUGUCCAAAUUGAUCUGGUAGCUCUGGUUGCUCCCAACGAUCCUGUGAUCACCGACGAGUACAACAACGGCAACCUGACGAUGACCUGCACGGCGUACACCGGCAACCCCGCCGCCAACCUGACCUGGACCCGCGACGGCUCCCGGGUUUACCACGACGUGGCAGAGAACAUCACCAGCUGGCGAGGAUACCUGGACGCCCAGUCCAUCAUCAGCGUCACGGCCAGCACCGCACAGUCCUCCACAUUCCAGUGUGUGGCUCAGCAUCCUGCCUUCACUGCCGCCCAGAGGGCCUCGGUCACUGUCGGAUCCCCCACAGUGUCCACAGUCAACAUCAACCCAAGCCCGGUUCCAGGGGAGGCUCUGCAGGAGCUGGAUGACAUCAUCCUGACCUGCAUGACCCAGGAGGGGAUCGUCCCCCAGCCCACCUACCAGUGGACCCUGGACGGUGGAAAUGUACCUGCCAGCGCACAGGCGUACAGGAACGAGCUCAAGAUCUUCAGUGCACAAGUAGAGGACAGCGGCAUCUACAGCUGCACUGCCAGAAAUGACUUUGGCUCUGACAGUGGCGAUGCAACCAUUCUGAUUGCAGAACGAGACACUAACAUUGUAGAGCCUCAGACAGGCACUCCACCUGGUACUGUGGUGGGCAUAGUGAUUGCAGUUCUUGCCGUUGUUGCUGUGAUCGUUGUCAUUGGAUUUGUGUGCUGGCGCCGGCGACAAUCAGAUGAGCUCAAGAUUCCCCCAGACAGCCCCGAAGAGCCAACAGCAGUGGUGUCAACAGAGCCUGAGGAUGAAAAGGAUGAAGAGAAGCUCAAUCUAAUGGAGGAGAAGAAGGAAGAGGAACCUGAGGUGAAGGUCGAGACCCAGGGUGAAGGUCACGCAGAGGUGGCGAAGAAGCCAGAUCCAGACCAGACUGCCUAGACACCUUCCCUCACUCAUCUUACAGCCUCCACAAGGAGACAAGUCUAGCGAAUUGUGUACAAUUUUAAUAGCCUAAGACGGCUUUAAAUAACUGAUUCACAGACAGCUGUUUGUCUUCGAUCCUAACUUAGCUUGAGUUUACUGCUUUUUCAAUAGUGCUCCUCUCAUGAUAGGCAAUUGUGCUGUUGUUUCCUUCCUCCGGCAGUCUGUUGCCAUUUCCUAUGAAGAUGACAAUGAAGUAAAGCUGCUCUUUUGUUGGUAUUUCUAAGCUUUGUUAUUUCCUUUACUGUUGGAUAACUCCAAACGCCAAGAACCUUAUUCAGAUUCAGACCAAGAUAAACCGGUUCUCCUGCAAUCAUGGCUUUAUCAUUGAAAAAAGCUGAUAUGGGCUUGUUUACUGUCUAAGAACAGAGAAGAGUUUGAUAAUGAGAACUGCUUAAGAUAUUUUGGAGAAUUGUAGAAUUUGUACCUUUGAUAGUUCCGAUAAUGAUGAUGACAAUGAAGGAAAUGGGGACAUACGUAAUGAUGGGCGAUAAAAUUAAACAUUGCCCAAAAAUUGUGCAGUAAACUAAAUGUUUUGCAGUGAACUACAUGUAUAGAUAACUAAGACCUAGUUUUUUUCUUCUUUUAUGUGCAGGUAAGACAUGAAAUACUAAACAAUUGAAAAUAGUUAUUGUUAAUAGCAUAGUGAAGAAACCUCAAUUGACAUGUCUAGGUAGCUUACAGUGGAAAGUUUGGAAAAGUAAUCGUAUUUUGAAGUUUUUUAGUGUGUAAACAGCUAUUUUUGAGUUUUUAUGGCUUGUAGUUGUCUAGCGUCGCAACUUGGUAGAUGUUGGUAACAGUAGUUCACCUUUAUCCACAUGGUAACCUAUAUCCGUUGUUUUUAGGAACAAGGUAUGUACAGAUAUCUAGUCGACGGACGUCGGUUUCAAACUGCAAUAUUUUUAUAGCAUUCGAGUCUGAAACACCCGUCUGUCAACUUGAUAUCCCUAAAUACCCCAAUUUAAAUACAACGGAUAAAAGUUACCCCAGGGAUAAAGGUAAACUAAUGUUAGAGUGAUGUGUCAGCCCUUGUUGCAGUUGUUUUACAGAAAUCUUUUGAAUCUUUGAUGACUGUUACCGUUGUUUAAUGUCGAAGUGCACUCAGUCAAGGUUGGGGAGUAAUCUCUGUACACACCUAAGAACAGUAACAGAUUUGCAUAUGACCAAAUGACCAAAAAACAUCGCAGUGACAGUUUGAGAAAGAAUUAAAAUGCUCUGUGUGCCUCGCGGCUUUUUAAUAAUAA